AUGACUGACUAUAUAGGAACCCUGAUGGCGCCUCAGAUCCUCCAUCGCGUCAUCCAUGGUCGCUCAGACCCUGAGCCUUGGCAGAAGGCCCUGUUGACCAUCAAGCCCGCCAUUCUCCACGGCUACCGCCGCCAUCGCGUGCGGGGUGCUGACUAUCCUGGCAUCAUCCCCGUGACGGCCAAGACCAGCGACGGCGGCAGUCCGAGCCAGGGAACCAACGAACCUACUACUACUACUUCCGACACUGGUCAUUCCGUCCUGGGGACCCUCGUCUCGGGCCUGACGGACGGAGACAUCUGGCGACUGGACAACUUCGAAGGGUCGGACUAUGAGAAGCGCACGGUGAAGGUGCGCGUGCUGCGGAGUGCCGUGGGGAACGACGACGACGACGCCGAGAAUUCGCCCAGCAAGGCGGAACAGAGCAUCCACGACGUGCUGGACGCAGCGCGUGCGCAGCUCGCUGACGAGGGGGAAGAGGUCGAGGCGAUGACGUAUGUCUGGAUCGGGGGAGAAGAAGCGCUCGAGGACCUCACCACUUCUCCGCUGGACAUCGUUCAGGCAGACAUUAAUGACAAUAGUAGUGAUAAUAAUAAGUACUGGAGUGACUAG